AUGUUACUUGCCCUUUUAUCAGGUCAGAGGGUCCAAAUACUCAAUGCACUAACUUUGUCUUCAAUGACCUUGUCUGAAACCAAAUGUUUAUUUACCAUUGGCACACCACUUAAAACUACAGACCAGGUCACCACCUUCAGCCCAUUGAUUUUUUAGCACAUCAGCCUGAUCAGAAUUUAUGUGUUGUCACACAGACAUACAUUGAUAGAACGUCUUCACUCAGAGGAGACACUGACCAGUUACUUAUUGACUACCAGAAACCUCACAAGCCGGUGUCGACUAACACUAUUUUCAGAUGGAUAAAAACUGGUCUAACCAAUGCAGGAAUUGACACUGGUGUGUACAAAGCCCACAGUACUAGAGCUGCUGUCGUUUCAGCUGCAAACAAGAAACAGGUCCCUGUUGACACUAUCUUGUCUGCCACUGGCUGGAGCAACCUGAACACAUUUGCUCAAUUUUAUUCUAAGCCCAUCCAA